UGUGAGACGAAGAGCAUCCUCCCUCACACACACCCUGAAGACAACUCGCCUGCAGUAAUCUUAGAAAAUUAUCAGAAAGUGACUUCAAGUGUUUUAGCAAAAUAAUCUGCAGGACCAGAAAGAAAGAGUCAGAUUUUUUAAUCAUAGUCCAGAUAAACCUGAGUUCAACUUAAAGUCAUUACAGGACUGUUUUCAGGGAUAUUAGAAGACAGUCGUAGAGUUGAUCAUUCAGAGGAACACGUAUACUCGGACACCGGGGACGCCCAGCACGCCGCAGCAGAAUGGACCUCCCUCCAAUCAGAGGUUUAUCUGAUGUGCCGUGAGCGUUGGGAGCACCUUGCCCCGGCCCCGGCCUGCAGCCCUGGUGCCGCCCUGUCUGGCUCACCAGGAUGGAUCCUGCUCAUUCCUUCAGGGUGGAGCUGGACGGGAUGGACCUCCAGCAGGUCCCAGUACUCUCACUUGAACAGAUACGUGCCAUCCGGGCCAACAAUGACUAUGUGGAGAGGCCCGUGGCACUGGAACUGGCGUCUCAGUCCGGAUUCUUUUAUGCCCAUGAAGACCGUUACCCUCCUGGAGUUUACCCCCACCACCCCCAGUCGUCCUUCCACUCGGCCCUGCCCCGCAGCCAAAGUCAGCAGCAGUCCGCUCAUCUGUCCCACCUGAGCCGAUCCAGUACCAUAAGCUCUUCCAUGUCUCGGACCAGUGCCACCUCAGACCAGCGGCUACUGCCAGGUCUGACACCGUCUCACUCUGGCGUCGGCUCGGUGGUCCGCUCUCAGCCUAAAGGAGAACUCAAGCACGAGACUUCUUUCGGUAAAGGCCUGACGGAGGACGAAGCCGAGCAGGGUCACUUGUUCAUCUGUGAGCGGUGCGGUCGCUGUAAGUGCCAAGAGUGCUGCGCUCCCCGCCGCCUGCCUUCCUGCUGGGCCUGUGGGCAGCGCUGCCUGUGCUCCGCUGAGAGCGCCGUGGAGUACGGCACCUGUUUGUGCUGCGUUAAAGGCCUGUUCUACCACUGCUCCGCCCAGGACGACGAGGAUAACUGUGCUGACCGGCCGUGCUCCUGCACUACAGCCCACGCCUGUGCCCGCUGGGGCACCAUGGGGCUGCUGGCGCUCUGCCUGCCCUGCCUCUGCUGCUACCCCCCUGCCAGGCUGUGCCUUGCCCUGUGCCAGCGCGCCCACGACCGUGCCACGCGCCCCGGCUGCAGGUGCAGCAACACCAACACUGUGUGCCGCAAGAUUUCUGCCUCCAACCCCAACCCUGGUCAUCCCUCGCUCCGUAGCAAGGCCCUGGAGAAGCCGUUAUGACAGGCCUGGACCGGGGCCAGGUGAAUCCAUUUCCCCUCAGCCGUCGCCAAAGCAACGCUGUCGCCAACAGCACCGCAGCUGACAUUGUGACGACAAUGCCAUCGUGACCCACCUACCUACAUACGACAAGCCAACCAACCAACCCACCAUAAAGUGUUGUUCACCUAAUGUACCUUGAAUUUUCUCCAGCUCCGGAGGGACCAAAGCUUUACUGUGCCUGUUCACGUCGGAGACUUCAUGCCUGAAAACAAAAACUCGUCCUGGAAGAAGAAGAAGCUGUCGUGCUUUGCUGGACUGCCCUUCAACCUUAACCAGACUGAAAUCACCUCUCUCUGCAUCCUGUGGCGUAACCUGGACGUGUUAAAAUCUAUUUAUUUAUUGCUGAACUUCCUUCCUGCUCAGCAUUUGCAAGAGAAAACACAGAGACGGGCGAUGGACCAAAUCAGGAAGGAAAGACGCCCGAGGCGAUGUGCACGGUCUAUGCCAACAGAGUUUCUGCUCUCGAGAAACAGAAUCGGAUGAAAGAUGGGAGAUUGAGGACUUGGACCGCAAAGACGUUCGGAAAAAUCCACAGAAGGUUGAAGAAGACAGAAUGAACUGUGGUGAAUAUCAGACUGGGACUGAGCAAAGCACCGAGGCAUCAAGUGAGAACAAAGACACUGUUAACACACCUGUAACAACAGUUUGACACCAAAAAGGGACCAUGCACUGUACGAACUGAGUCAAUCUCAAAGAUAUUAAGCUCAUUUGUAAAAGGAAAAGCACUGUGAGGCAGACGGACAACGUUGUCCCUGAAUGGGGAAUUAUUUAACCGGAGGGAGGGUGCAUCUAUUGUGACUAGGCAGCGUGUGUGUGUGUGUGUGUGUGUGUGUGUGUCCUCCUACUGUACAACAACCUGUGUGUGUGUGUGUGUGUGUGUGUGUGUGUGUGUGUGUUGUUCUGUCAGCAGAAGAAGCCUCCCUCGUCUUAUUUUUAGCCGCGCUGCUUCAGUGCAGCUCUGAGGAGUCUGGUCGGGUUUCCUCCACAAGUCAGUCUGUCGCCAGCCUCCCUCCUCUGACCGACCUCCUUCACUGCCCCGCCCUCCAUCGCUCUCUGCUCCCGUCGUCCAAUCAAAACGCUGCUCUCUGAACCAUCUUUGUGUCUCAGUCAGUGAGCACCUUCAUCCAGAAUGACUUGUGGUAGAAGAAUAAAGCUUUAGUCCAGCAAUAACCGAUAAAAUAGACCAGAAACAUUCACAUCUUUGAAAUCAGACACAUUCUCCACUGAAGCGCUUCAAUGUCGGUUUAGUGUGUCUGAACCCUAAAAAUUAAAAAGCUCCCGACAGGUCGUGUUCAAUUUUGGACCUUCUUAAAAUGAUACUGGCUCAAUUGUCGGUGAGUUUUGAUGGUGGUGGAGUUACGUCUUGUUAACUUUUGAAUUACUGCUGUAUCUACUGACAGUUUCAUGGGAAAUCAAUGAAUCAGUCUAUAAAAUACCAAGUUUUAGACUCAAUGAAUCAACAAAUCAUCACAUUUAGGCAGAUGGAAGCAGACGAUGUUUGACUUUAACUAUUGAUUAACCAUCAAAAUAGUUAAAGCAAUACUUUAUCUUGGCCCUACUUUAAACAUCCCAUCAGUCUGUUUGUUAAAUCUCCACCUCGUCUCAGACGCUUGGAGCACCUGGACCUCCAUGAGGCUCAGGACCUCCAGACUUCAUGAACUCUGCCACAGCACUCAGCAGACUGUCACAACCAAACCCAACCUGUGAAGUCCGGCUGACCACAGGCGUAUAUUUCCCACCAGCAUUACUGUAGAUCCCUGCUGCCUCGUCCGACUCUCCUCUUACGCUCAGAGGGAUAAAAGCCUCCCGUCUCUGGUCCACAGAGAGUUGAUCAAACAGGCAAUUAGCUUCAUGAUAGCUCUUAAUGGGCCGGAGCAGAAUGGAGGGAGGAGGGAGGAGGAGUGUGGUGUUUGGCAGAUGGACAGCUGAUGGAGAGGAGAGAGGGAGGAGAGACGAUGAUGAUGUCGGCGUCUCUCUCUCUCUCUUUUUUUUUGUUUUUUUUACGUUAAAACUGAUUUUCAUCACUUCUAAACUCGUUCAGCACUUCAGGUACGGAAACGUAACGUAACCACAGAGAGAACAACACACACACACGGGGUCAGGUGUGUGUGUAUGCUAGUGUGUAUGUAUGUUCAUGUUUUUAAGUGAGUGUGUGUGUGUGUGUGUGUGUGUGUCCAGGUGCUGCAGCACAGACACACAAACUGACCUGAUUUGUUAAAUGUUACUUUGCUAUAUUUUUAUAUGUAAAUACGGCUAUUAAUGCUAUAACUAUUUUUAUUCUGCUUCAUUUUGUUUCUAUGAGAUGUUUGAUAUUAUUACAGCUGUUUUUUUCCAUUAUAGUGAAUAUUUACUUAAUUUACGGUCCACUUGUGAUCAAGUCAGGAACUUUUGGGGCAACUGACAGCAAACGUUGAUGGAGGACACUUCUGUAGCAUCAAGUAUGAAACGCUGAGCUUCCGUCUUCUUUCUGCUGGCCUGAAAGUGAACGACAUGAGUUCAUGUUUCACAGAUCGUCUCAUGUCCGACAUCAGUGCAGCUGUGAUCACUGUUGCACGUUGUGAAGAAUCGGCUCAGUCUCCAGGAUGUAAUGUUAGCAGCUGAUGUUUCUGCAAACCACAGAUACGUCCGAGGUCGACACGUGUACCAAACCUUCCAUUUGACCUUAAAAAUGUUUAUUAGCUGAGUUUCACGUUGAGGUGGAGG